CGAACCUAAUGGUUUGGGAGGAAGGCUAGGGUUUAAGAAAAAGCACAUGAAGUUCGUACCCCUACCUCCCCAAAUACCAACCCGUAGAUUUUGCGGCGAUUACAAAGAAAUUCCUCUCUCUACAGAGUUACAGAUUUCAUUUCUAUCUGAAAAGUUCGAUUUCCAGCAUUAAUUCUAGUUACUAUUCGAGAAAACAAAUUUAAGGAGUUUUCGACGAUUCCACAGGAUUGAAGGUGGUUGAAAAAUGAAUUUCAAGAAUGUCAAGGUUCCAAAUGUGCCUGGUGGCGGUGCUGCAUCUGCUCUAAUUAAGGUCGGAAUCCUUGGUGCUGUUGGAUUAUAUGGUAUCACUAACAGUCUUUACAAUGUGGAAGGUGGUCAUCGAGCCAUUGUUUUCAACCGCGUUUACGGUGUUAAAGAGAAGGUUUACCCCGAAGGCACACAUUUCAUGAUUCCUUGGUUUGAGAGACCAGUCAUCUACGACGUUCGUGCACGCCCUCACCUAGUGGAAAGUACAUCUGGAAGUCGUGAUCUUCAAAUGGUCAAGAUUGGCCUUCGAGUUCUUACUCGCCCUGUGGCUUCAACAUUGCCUACAAUCUACCGUACACUUGGUGAGAAUUACAAUGAAAGAGUCUUGCCAUCCAUAGUUCACGAAACUCUGAAAGCUGUAGUUGCUCAAUACAAUGCAAGUCAGCUACUUACUCAGCGUGAGGCUGUUAGUAGGGAAAUCCGGAAGAUAAUGACAGAAAGGGCCGCAAACUUCAACAUUGCUUUAGAUGAUGUGUCCAUCACAACUCUUACCUUCGGUAGAGAGUUCACUGCUGCAAUUGAGGCUAAACAGGUAGCUGCACAGGAAGCUGAAAGAGCCAAGUUUAUUGUUGAAAAAGCUGAGCAAGACAAGAAAAGUGCUAUUAUCAGAGCACAGGGAGAAGCCAAGAGUGCUCAACUCAUUGGUCAAGCCAUUGCCAACAACCCGGCUUUUAUUACUCUGAGGAGAAUCGAAGCUGCCAGGGACAUUGCUGGGACAAUAUCCAAUUCAGCAAACAAAGUGAUGUUAAGUUCAGAUGAUCUUUUGCUCAACCUUGGUGAUAUGACACCUGAGCCAGCUAGUGGGAAGAAGUAGAAUACUGUGCUUGAGAUACCUGGUCUGCAGUUGGAACAUGCAACACCCGUUAUUUGGGAAGAUUUUAUGAAAAGAGAGUUUUUAGAGUUUGAGGAACUUUAUGUAAAUGACAGGCUUUGAUGAUCUUCUCAGCUGCUUAUGAUCUUACAGAUCCUCUUGAGUGUUAAUUACAUUCAAAUCUUAAUCAACAUUUUGCCUAAACACUUGCUGAAUAAGCAGCCACCCUAUGGUAAUGAGAUUUGAACAAUCUUAUUUUGCUGGUUAUGAAAUGGAUGUUGAUGUUCAAAUAGGAGUUGCCUAGAUACUUGUCUGUUGUUUAUAUAGUCAGGUAAUUUAUUUACUUCA